GAACGUGUACUAUUUGCGCUAGAUCCAAGAUAAUUCGACCAUCUUUAUGCAAUCUUUUCUACUUUAUAGUAGCCGUCCGUUAAAGUGAGUGAAGUAAAGUCAACAAAAGGGGCCCGAAGAGUGUUUAAAAUCUCGCUAAGAACAAAGUUCUUUUGAUUGUGAAACACGGGAAAUUCGCCCGAAAUGGUGGUUCCUAAAUGGGUCGAAAAUUACUGACCUUCGCCGUUAAGGGCUUUAAUGUAAAUUGUUGAUUGUAAAAUUGAAACUGUUGUUCAAGGAAAGUUUUUGUGAUAAAUGUCGGAGCUGUAAAACGUGACAUAAAAUUAUAAAUUUGGGCCUUAUUUAUUAAUUCAAUAUCACGAAUCUAAAUUAUAACCUCAAAAAAGUUCUCGCGAGUCGUGAAACUAAACCCCGCGUGAACUGAUACCCGCGAAUGAAUUGUAAAAGGUCGUUUUCUGUUGAGUGUUUUGAGUUCCUUAAAAAUAAAUGAAAACAAAUGCCUGUAAACUACAAUCCAUCGACUGUGUAAUUAUCAGAAAACAAUAGAACAAAAAAGCUGGUGAUUAGGAACACAAUACUGUGUUUUUUUCAUUAAAUUUUCUCGUUCCAGAACUCAGGGCUUUUACUGUAAGACGAAGAACUAACGAUGAGUUCAGAAAAUGUGGAAAAUCCUGAAAUCUUCUCGAAAGAAAUGAAGCCAGCUACAGAAGAUAACGAAGAAUGCGAAUCUCGAGAAAUAAGUCACGAGGAAAAUGUAUCCAUGGUCGAAUCUUCAGAAAGUAGUUCAGAUUCAGAUUUUGAGGAACAAGUGACGACCCCUAAGUUCUCUGCAGUGAUUUCUUCGAAUUCCUUAAAUUCUCAAGUAGACGAAAAAGCAACUGAAGCAACGGAAGAAAUAGGGGACGAUUAUGGCUGUGAACACUACAAACGAAAGUCAAAAUUUGUGACUCCUUGCUGUAAUAAAGUAUACACAUGCCGAUUCUGCCACGACGAGCAGGAAACUCACACAGUCAAGAGAAAAGAGGUGACUGAAUUAAUUUGCGUUCUGUGCGAUACUCGUCAACCUGUGCAAGCUACUUGCCAAAAAUGCCAUUGUCGGUUUGGCAAAUAUACCUGUCUUGAGUGCAACCUGUUUGACGACGUGGAUAAGAAUCAAUACCACUGCGAUGGAUGUGGCAUAUGUAGGCUCGGUGGUCGGGACAAAUUUUUCCAUUGUGCCAAGUGCAACAUGUGUUUACCUGUGGAACUCCAAAAUGGUCACACGUGUGUGGAGAACGUUUCCCACUCGAAUUGUCCCGUUUGUCUAGAAGAUAUUCACACAAGUCGCAUUCCUUGCCAUAUACCCACAUGUGGGCAUUUGCUUCAUCGUCCUUGUUUCGAGGACUUGCUACAUUCUGGACAUUACGCUUGUCCAACUUGUCAAACUUCUCUCCUUGAUAUGACGGACCUCUGGCGAUUUUUGGACAGCGAAGUGACCCUUACACCCAUGCCACCCGAGUACGAAGACGUAAAAGUCGAAAUUCUUUGCAAAGACUGCCACGAGGAAUCCACCGUAAAAUUUCACGUUGUUGGUUUAAAAUGUUUACAAUGCGGAAGUUACAAUACCUGCAGAAUUAAAGAAACUUCUGGCAUGGAUAGUGACCAGCCAGGCGCAGUAGCGAGCGGAAGUGGCGAAGCUGAUCAAGAAUGACGAGUAACAAAAUCAUCAAGUCAAUUCAAAAAAUUCUUGCGUCGACUCUACAUUCCCUGCGGGCGGAUCGUAAACUCACCACGUAGAAAAUCACCGACGAAAAAUUGCAAUUUUUUAGCGUGAUAUUCUCGCUCUUUUAUUUCCUAUAGCUAGUAAGUUUAUUCACAACUAGGAGAAUUUAUUUUUAAGAGUACGUAUUCUACGUACGUAGCAGUUUUUUGAAGUCCUCAGUAAGAUUUAUGUGGGAUAUAUAUUUUUUUUAUGUAAUUUUGUUGAUACGCAAUAUGUAAUGAGAAUUCAGAAACGUUUCCCGGCAUUUUAAAUCUUUCAAAUCUUGAAAAUAGAUACAAUUCCAAGUAAAAGGCUUUUAAUUUCGGAUGCUUUCAAGUACGAACGCUUUCAAAUUAAAAAAAUGUUCAGCCCUCGAGAAUGAAAUAGCAUUCAUUGAAUCUUUCCAUCCCCGUGAAAUCUUGUUGCGUUUUGCCAUAUCAUUUCUUAUAGACUCCAAAUAAUUUUUGUAUAUUUUAAUUUUGUUUAUCUUUUAAAAUAAGGAGGAUCAUGUGUGUAAUGUUUUUAUAUAUGAGUUCAUGAAAUCAACGGAAAGACAUCGAUGAGACUCGCUCUGUACUUUGAUACUUAGAAUCUUAUUCGUCAAGCGUUAAAGACUAUAAACCACUAUAGAUUGUAAUCGAUUGAUAAGUAGGUAGAUUUAGGCGUACUUCUUUUUUGAAAUUUGUUUUUUAAUCAAUUCAGUAUUAAAUUUAAAGGUGACCUGUGUGGUCCGAGUUUUGAUUUUGUUUUGUUUAAACUUUUUACUGCCAAUACCGAAAAAAAUGGCGAAUUUAAUUUUUUUUUAAUCAUCUUGCAAACAACAGUAUUGCUUGUAUUUAAAGCGUUAGGGUGUUUGAAAGAAUGAAAAUGUAUUCUUUUGUAAAGUAAAUUGUUAAAAACAAAUUGAAUUAACAUAUAUUCAAAAUUAGUGAUUGUUCGUUUGCAAAGUAUAUUUCUGCGUUAGAAUUACUCUCUAUUAUCGAUAAUAUGAUACUUGUUUAUGAGAAUAUGUCUACAACAUUAUUUGUUACUGUUAUAAAGAAAUGCUAACUGUGAACAUUUAUAAUCGUAAAGAAAUUGUUUCUUUUUGAUUAUUAUGGAUAAGAUAAAACAUAUCUAAUUCAGGGUUGGUAAAAAACGUGGAAGUUAUGGAAAAGUCAUGGAAUUUUGAAACUCUCAAAUUUUGGAAAAAAGACGAAUUGGUUAUUUUACGCAGAAAAAAUUAUUUUAAUAUUAAAAGUAAUGAGACUGGAUUUUUUUGGGGUAGACCUGGAAACUAUAUUUUUGUAGCAGCUCUUAUGAUUUAAAAAUUUUUUAUGUUGUUACUGAUGGUCUCAUGAACUUUUUUUCCGUUUCUUACUAAACGUUUGAAAAUUAUACGAUUCUAAUUAAUGAUAGCUUACCUUUUUCGGAAAAACAUUCUUUACACAGCUUGUCCUCUAUCAAUUUUUAAAAAUAAAUUAUUAUCAUAAAUAGAUUACAAAAAUUUUCGUUUGAAAAAUUGUAUCCUAAUGACAUGAGGCACUAAAAAAAUCUAUUUAUUGAAUCAGUUUUAGUGUAAAAAUUCUUUUUCCCGGUAAAAUAGUCUAUUAUCCAUUAAUAAUUCGUGUUAUUAACAAAAAUAGGUGAGCAAAGAUUAAAAAAGUUCAGUCGAAAACAAAUAUUUUUUAAUUAACCGUUUUUUUCUGUUUCAAGUUUUUCAUAAAAAACCAUCUUUUCUCCUUUAAACGAGAUCAAAAGUAAUAAUAUUGCAAUUUUUAGAAAUGUAAUAACUUUCCAAAUCUUUAAAAUUGAUCAACUUUCAAGUGAAACGCUUUCUUGAAUGCAUUCAAGCACAAACUAUCAAAUUAAAGAAAAAAUGUUCACCAUCACGAGAUUUAAAUCGCAUUCGUUGAUUGAUUUUACAUGUUUAUGAAACCAAAUUGAAAAACAUCAAUGAGACUCGCUUUGUAAUGUAAGGCUUACAAUUAGAAUCUGGUUCGUCAAGCGUUAAAGACGAUAUAUCACUGUAAAUCGUAGUAGAUUGUUAAGUGCAAGUAGGUAGAUCUAGCUGUACUUCUUUUGUGAAAGUCGUACUUUAUUAUUAUCUUAUUCCCAGUGCCGGUUUACCCAAUAGGCAAAAUAAAAAACAGGGUUUAAAAUAACUUCUAGACGGCAAUUCUUCAAAUGGAAAGUUUAAUUGCUGUGAAUAAACUCCAGAUAGUAAACAUUUUGGAUUGUUCGUUCACAAAAUGCAUUUCUGCGUUUAAAUUAUUUGUUCGGAAAAUUUUUCAUCCACUAUAUAUUAUUUUAUUAAUAUUAUAAAGAAAUUUUAGAAGCAAAUGGAAGGCUUUGAACCUUUAUACUUUAUAGGCAGAAAAAAUAGGAUUUUCCCUCAAUUCUCUUAAAACUGUGUUGCCAUUUAUUUCGUCAUGAAAAUUGGUUAUUCAAUAUUUUUUCUGAAUUUCAUAAGCAAAAGAAAAUUUUUCAUUCGAUAUUAUUUGUCAAUUUUAGAAACAAAUGCAUACUGUGGACAUUAUUUGUUCAAAAGAAAUUAUCUUUUCCUUAAGUUGGCUUGACAGUGGUGCUUAUUAAUGAAUAUGUAUAUUUAUAUAUUAUUUAUUGAUUUUAUAAUAAAAAUAUGUAAACAAAUGUUCACUUUAGAUAUUUAUUAGCAAAUCAAUGACAACAUAAUUGAAACAAAAUGAAGAUAAAAUUAAUUCUUUGUUUUUUUAGUUUAAACAUCUAUAUACUGGACAUUUGCUUAUAUCAUUUUAUUAUGAAAUAAAAAAAAAUCAUUUCGAGUAACAAUUUCCAUUACUGAGAAAUUUUUGUAAUAUAAUUUCAGGAGAAUAGAAAAUAAAAAUAUAUUAGAAUAUUUGAAGAAGGCGAGGGGUUAAUUGCAUAUUGCCAAACAUGUGACUGAAUAAAUAAUAUAAAAAUAUUGAAUGGAUUAAUGCAAAAAGUAGAGAAACUACAAAGGAACGAUUUUUUAGAUCACUCACAAAAUACACAAAAAUAGCGAUGCUGCAUAAAUAAACUUUACACAGAAAAACUAUUCAUAUCCUUGAAAUUUCUUUUAAAAUUUAAUUGAAAUCUAUGACAACUUUUUUUCAAGUUUCUUAAAACUUUUGGAAAUAAUUUUCAAUUCAUAAAAAUAUUUUCAAAUCUGUUAAAAUCCAUUGAAAUUUGUUGUACCUGCAAAAACUUUUCAAAUAAUUAGAGAUCCUAUAUAUCUUAAUCUUUUCUCUUUAAAUCUUGUGCAAUUCUUCUAAAUUCCUGAAACUCUUUAAAAUUUUAUAUCUCAUCUGCAAUAUUUUUAAAAUACUUAAAUUUUUGGUAUUCCUUUCAAUUUCGUUUAUCUUCUUCUGUGUCCAUUGAAAUUGUUCAAAUCCGUAGACACGUCCCUUGAAAUAAGAUUUAAUUUAUUAUAUAAUAUAAAUUGAAUUAGACAUAUUUAUUAAUUUUCUCUAUAAAAAAGUUUAACUCAUUUGAAAUCAUUCGGACUAUAAUUUAAAUGAAACUGAUUCGUUACAGUUCUCUAAAAGAAAGAAAACGUUUCAAUCUUUGACAUCUUUGAAAUUCCUUGAAAUAGUUUGGACAAUUAAUAAUAUCCUUAAAUCUUGUAAAAUUUCUUGAAACGUCUUAAAAUCCCUUGAAAUCAUUAAAACCGGUAAAAAAACCAUUCAAAUCUAAUUUAAUUUAUUUUACCAAGCUCACUAGAAAUAUCUUUAAAUCUUACAAAAGUCUGGAAAUUUUUUUUAAUACUUUGAAGUCCUUUGAAAUUCUUUAAAUUUCCCGAAAAUCGCUUGCAAUCCCUGAAAAUCUGAUUUAAUUGCACUUAAUUUUUACCAGAAUUCACUAGAAGUCCCUGAAUUUUGUGUAUCUCUUAAAAUCCUUAAAAUUUUUGAAAACUUUAAAAUUCAAUUUAAAAAAGUUUAGAUCAUUUGAAAUCUCUUAAAUAGAAAUUUAAUUAAACUGAUUCAUUAAAGUUCUCUAACAAAACAUGUGAAGCCCCAGAAAUGUUUGAAAUCCCAUGAAAUCCUUAGAGGUUUAAUAAUAUCAUUAAAGUCUUGUAAAAUAUUUUGGAUUUUAUAUUAAAUUAUUUUUUAUAUUAUUAAAUUAUAUUAAAGUUUUUUAUAUUAAAAAAUAUAAAUCAUUUGAAAUCUCUUGAAUAGAAAUUAAAUUAAACUGAUUUAUUAAAGUUCUAAAAAAAGCAUUUAAAUCCCUGGAAUUCCUUGCAGAUUUAAUGAAAUCUUUGAAGAUUUAAUAAAAUCCUUCAAUCUUGUGAAAUUCCUUGUAAUGCCUUAAAAUAUCUGGAAAUUUUUUUAAUCGCUAGGAAACCCUUCAAAUUUGAUUUGAACCUCCUGAUAUGUUUGAAAAUCUUUAAAAUUCCCUGCAAUUUUUAUAAAAUCAGACGAAAUUGUUUAUAACCCAUGGAAAUUCCCUGGAAUUCGUUUGUACUUUCUCCGUUUUUUGCAUCAUCUGAUUCAGUAUUUUAACGUUCAUGAUUUCUGUAAUGAUUUUCUAAAAUGAUUUUUUUAGAUUAUAAGAAAUUCAUUAUAGAGUUCUAUACCGAAUUUCCUAUAUUGUUCUUUCAUAAUACAUUUACAAGAUAUUGUAUAAAAUUGCACCACGCAAUUAACCCCUCGGAAGAAAGGGCGAUCCUAUAAAUGUAAUACCUAGAGGCGUAUUUUUCCGUAAACCGGUACUGUAUUCCGAUAAGAAAAUCAUCACACUAAACUCUCGCUGUUUAAGAAUUCCAGUGUUCAGGACUUGACACCGGUGCAAGAAAGCAAUUUAUCUUGAAGCUUUUCAAUUAGUCAAGAAAAUGCGAUUAAUUAAAAUUUAGAAAUGUAGUCGAAACAUAUCAUUCGCUAGAAAAAUCCAAAUAGCAAGUUGUUACGAGAAAAAUCGGUCUUAAGUCCUGCAAUACCUUUAAAAAAAACAUUCCGAUUCACUCCGUAAAUGCGUCUUCGUAUUAUUACCGACUGAAAAUUAUCUGUGCUGUGUUAUGUGGUAUUUAAUAAAAAUGCACUCCGUAAUCGUGUUUUGUUAAAAAAAAAAAAUAUAUAUAUAUAUAUAUAUAACUACCCUGUCGGUAAAUUUGUUUAGUAUUGGUGCUUGAAAGUAGCAACACUGUUUUGUGCGAUCUUCACCAUUUUAUUAUUACAUAUUUUACUUGUAAAUUAAAUACCAAUUACAAAGGCUCUUUGUACAUAACAGCCGCUAUAGUGUUUUAUAUUAUAAUAUAAUAUUCUAUG